AUGUUGGCCAAGCGACAUGGCAUCUGGGCCAUGCGAAUGUCGUCCGUGCGCCAGAAAUGGACACAUGCGAUGCCUCGUGACUUGAUUGCACCAUCAGCGGUCGUGGACGCGGAUCGCCCGAACGACGUGAUAAGGCAGUUCAAUGCACUGAAGCGCAUGGCGAGACAGAAUGGUGACAUUCAGAAGGCCGCUCGGAACGUUCGACGAGAGUUUCCCACGGACACACGGGUCAUCAACCGCCAAAACCAGGUCUACUUUGCGAAGUGGCACUACAUGAAGUACUGUACACAGGUGAUUCAAUACUCGAUGAGGAAGGAGUUGCGCCUGAGAGCCGACAUCGAGGAGCAGGGCGGCAUCGCUCAGAAGCAAGUCCUCGGCAACGUUCCGCCGCCUGCCUGGGGCUCCGGACGAUUCAGCUCUGAAGAAUGGAAGAAGAUUGAGAGAAGAUCCGCAAGACACGGCGGAAAUGAUUCCCAGGAGCUUUCUGCGAACUCCGUUCGGGGCGUCUGCGAUCGUGGCGAGCUGGAGAGGCUCCUUCCUCCGCGUGCCAAGCCUUGA